AUGCUCUCACCGCCAUACUAUUUACGAUUAGCCACAGUACUCCUUUUCGCCCAUGUUGUCUGGGGACUAGGAACGAGUUGCUCUGCACCCUUAGGACGUGGGACAGCCAAAAGCACUGACCCAUUCUGGAUGGAAAGUAUUAAGCAUCAGGGAAAGUCGGCCUUUAACUCCAAUCCCAAUACCUAUACCGUUUUCCGUAAUGUCAAGGACUACGGCGCCCGAGGAGACGGAGUCACAGACGAUACUGUAGCUAUCAAUCGUGCCAUUACUUCUCAGAACCGAUGUGGAGGCGGGCAAUGCCGAUCAUCAACUAUCACCCCAGCCGUGGUAUAUUUUCCCAAAGGGACCUAUCUCAUCUCUGCCCCCAUUAUUCCAUACUACUACACGCAACUUAUCGGAGAUGCAAAAACACCUCCAACGCUCCUAGCUUCAGCUUCGUUUGAUGGGCUGGCUAUACGGUGUGUAGAUGCUGACCCCUAUAUUCCUGGCGGUGGCGGGGCCCAAUAUUGGACAAACCAAAAUAACUUCCACCGUUCUGUGAGAAACUUUGUCAUUGACGUCCGGCGUGUUCCUGCAACGAAAAUCCAAGGGACCGCCCUGCAUUGGCAAGUAGCGCAGGCUACGUCCCUUUUGAAUAUUGUUGUACAUAUGUCUACAGCAUCUAACACUGCACAUAGAGGUAUUUACAUGGAGAAUGGAAGUGGUGGAUAUAUGGGCGAUCUUGUAUUCAAUGGAGGAAAAUAUGGCAUUUAUGGUGGAAAUCAACAAUUUACGGUCAAGAAUGUUACCUUUAACAACGCUCAAACCGGUGUUUAUAGCACAUGGAACUGGGGCUGGACGUAUCAAGGAGUCUUCUUCAACAACUGUCAAGUUGGGUUUGACCUUCUCACUGGAGGUUUGACCACUAAUACCCAGACCACUGGAGCUCAAGCAAUUAUUGACGCCGUCGUUACCAACACUCCCAUAUUUAUCCGCACCUCCAAGUCUAGCAACGGGAGCUUAGGAGGUUCCUUGGUUCUCAAUAACAUCAAGCUUAACAAUGUACCAGUGGCUGUGGGUGUCGUUGGCGGCGGUGUUGUACUCCGGGGCGGUACCACCACCAUCGCUUCCUGGGGACAGGGGAACGUAUACCGAGGGUCAGAUCCAACUGGAAUCUUCUCUCAAGGAUAUAUCCCGGCUCCGAACAAGAAUCCUAGUCUCUUGGAUGGAUCCGGCAGGAUUUUCAGCAGGAUGCACCCACAAUACGCCGACUAUGCCGUGAGUCAAAUCGUCAGCGUGAGGGACAACGGUGCUGUUGGAGAUGGUGUCACGGACGACACGGCUGCUCUCAAAAAUAUAUUCAAGAAGUAUUCCGGAUGCAAAAUCAUCUUUUUCGAUGCAGGCACCUAUGUUGUCUCCGAUACGGUAACUAUCCCGGCAGGGACACAAAUGACCGGUGAGGCGUGGACAGUCCUCGCAGGCAAAGGAAAGGCAUUCCAGGACCAGUCAAAUCCUCGUCCUGUAUUCCGUGUUGGAGAAGUCGGCUCUGAAGGUAUACUUGAAAUUAGCGACUUCGUAUUCACUACCAUUGGGCCUGCUGCUGGUGCAAUCAUCGUCGAAUGGAACGUCAGGCAGCCUUGCGAUUUCCAAGGUGGAGCGGGAAUGUGGGAUACACAUAUCCGCACUGGCGGAGUUGCGGGAAGUAACUUGGAAGGUAAUAAAUGCCCAUCGAAUGGCUCUGGAGGAUACACUGCGUGCUAUGCUGCGUAUCUUAGUCUUCAUCUUACUCCACUAUCUUCUGCUUACAUCGAGGGAGCUUGGGUGUGGCUAGCAGACCAUGACUUGGACUAUGCAGGGGAGAAGCAACUCAAUAUUUAUUCUGGACGUGGCGUCUUGUCAGAGUCUCAAGGGCCUGUGUGGUUAGUUGGCACAGGCAAGUUGCACCAUGUCAUCUAUCAGUAUAAUAUAGUGAACGCUGCUAAUCAUUAUAUGGGUCUCAUUCAAACCGAAUCGCCCUACUAUCAACCUUCCCCUCCUUCCCCAACACCUUUUAGCAUUAGCCUUGCUAUGAAGGAUCCGGCACCCUAUAACCCAAACCCAUCUGCAUGGGCAGUCUCAAUAACGAAUUCACACAACAUUCUUAUUUUUGGAGCCGGACUGUACAGCUUCUUCUCCAGCUACUCUCAAAAUUGCAUUAACACCCGUAACUGCCAGGCUCAGUUGGUCAAUAUCGACACCGCUUCCACCGGCAUCGAUAUCUAUAGUCUUUCUACUGUCGCGACGACGUACCAGGUUAGCGUGAAUGGUGUCGGGGUGAUUAAUCAGUCCCAAAAUGUGAACGGUUUCGCCUCCACCGUUACCAGCUGGAACCGAGACUCGCUAAUCCUCGUUUGUGCAAUGUGA